AUGAUCGCCGAGCCCUGCUAUCUAGGGGCUUACGGGCUUGAAGACCUCAGGGUUCUGAAUGACAGACUAAACGCGAAGGUAGUGGAACAGGUGAACGACACCCAGGAACUGGUAAUGCUGAAUAACUUCGCACACGAGAGCAAUGAGUAUCAGUUCAAGAAAUGCUUGCAAGACAGAAUGUCAGAUAUUGCAUCCUGGCGCUGGGUAUUGGAAGAUCUGAAUAAGCGCCUGACUGAAGCAGCAGAAGCUCUUCAGUAUGAACACAACGCUCUUCGUGUUGUCAUCAGUAGACUGCAGAAUGAAAUAGACGAACAUUCACUCGACGCCAGUAAACCUGGAGCACUGAAACCACUUUCUGACAGCGUAGAAGAAGCCAUUUUGCAGGAGUUUGAAUUUUUACGCGACGAAAAGAAGAAAUUUGAAAGAAUGAUUUUAGCACUGGAGAAACAAUCUGCAGCGAUUGAGAAGACUAAGAAGAAGAUAGCAGCAGAUGUCAUCCUAAAAGAGCAAGCCCUUUCUAUAGACGAAGCUUGUGCCAAAAUUACUUCAGGAAUGCUACCGAAAAUGGAAUGUGGAUUAAGGAAAAAGAAAAAGAGAUCAUCCCCAGUUACUCGAUGGGAGAACCGUUGCAUAGCUUUGAAGACUGCUGGUCUUCGUGCACUCAGUAACGCAAUUGUCACUAGACAGCAGGUACGAGGAGCCAGGGUGCAUCUUUCUAUCACAGCGCAAGCCUACGCUGCGAGAGUGGAUGCGGCUCUCAGAAGACGUUUGAAUAGUAACAAAAUUAAACUACAGGAUAUUUAUUGGCAGAAAGAGGAGGCUAUGCGAGACUACAAAGCUUUACUUGAUGAAAUGACCACAACGGAGCAAAAUCUUUUGGAGACGAUGGAACAAGAGCGUGUAGUUGAAAGCAGGCUCGCUGAUCGUUCUAAGAGACCUCCAGGAGAACACAUAAGGGAUGAAGUGGAUAGGAAGCUGAGAGAGGAGCUGGCCAGAUUGAGAAACUUCAGCAAGCAACUAAGGACUAACCAUGAAAGAAUUAUAGUAUUGCAAAACCAUCUGACGGAUAGCAUGACUCGCAUAGAGUGCUGUGCUGAGGACAUCCUCUGUAUCGUGCGCUUAGACGAUGAACGAAUCGUUUCAAGACUUGGAGAGGUUCCCACAGACAUUCCACAACCUCCGCAAAACUUUUUUGAACCUUGCCCAGACAGCCCUAAUUCUUCACCAACUCUGGAAGAGUCGCCAAGGACACGCGCUGAUACCUCUUUACAAUCCAUCCAAGAGGAAGACGAAGAUGACUACCCAUUUGAUAAUUAA